ACUCAGCUAUUUACAUAUAACAAACUUGAAAUUCACAGGAGGACUGGACAAAAGGUAAUUUAAUGUCCAAAAUUACCAAUUCAACUCUGGAACUCCCCGUUGACCAGUCAAUGUCUGAAGGAGUCCUAAGCAUGUAAAGAAAUGAACGAAACAGAGCAGAUGGCAUCCUUGUUCUUUCCUCAGAUGGCAUCCUUCCAAUUCCACGCUCUUCUUCUAUCUCUCCUUUGUUUCUCACUCAUCGCCGUCUCCACCGCCACCGGCCUCCGUGGUCUGGAGGUCGGAGUUGAUUUGGACCUAAACAGCCUUCUCGACGCCUGCAACUCUGGCAACUACCAGACCAUCAACAUAGGUUUCCUCGUUUCACUUGGCAACGCCCAAACUCCCGAGAUCAAUUUAACCGCCUACUGCAAUCCAACCACCGGCGACGGCUGCACUAAAUUCAGCCAACAAAUCAAGUCUUGUCAAGCCUUGGGCAUCAAAAUUAUGCUCUCCAUCGGCGGCGGAGCCGGUAAAUACGAUCUGAACAAUUUCACCGAGGCCACGAACUUCUCCACCUACCUCUGGGACAAUUUCCUCGGCGGCCAAUCAAAUUCCCGUCCAUUGAACGACGCUGUAUUCGACGGCGUCGACAUUACCAACGAUAGAAGCUCCUGGGACAAUUGGAGCAAACUCGGUGAAGAACUGAGGAAAUUAUACGAAAAACAGGGGAGGAAAUUUUACUUGUCCGCCGCUCCGCAAUGUUCGUCUCUGGAUUCGAGUGCUCAUUCGAUUCCACAACCAGGGAUUUUCGACUAUAUUUCAGUCCAAUUCUACGGGGAUAAUCUGGUUUGCCAGUACCUCAAUGACCGGCUGGAUGGGUUCUGGAAAAGUUGGAACAUGUGGAAGACAUUUCGUGCAGGCAAGGUGUUUGUGAAAAUGCUAGCGGCUCCAAAGGCGGAAGGGUUGGGAUAUAUACGCCCCGAUGUGUUCAGAACUGAAGUCUUGCCGGAGCUUCAACAGAGUUCGAAAUUUGGCGGCGUGAUUUUGUCAUCUGAAGAUCUUAAAGAAGGGUACAGUUCAGAGAUUAACCCAAAAGUGUGUGGAUCAGUUGGGGCGGAGUCGCAAUCGGCGAAUGAAAUGGCGGUGUUUCCCAUGGGCAAUAGCUAUGGUGGUCAACGAGGGUUUAGAAGUUGCAGAGGAUCUUGCGUGAUUAUCUAGAAACUAGAAAA